UAUAUGAAACACACUCAAGAAGUCUUUUUCUUGUUCUCUUUUUUUUUGGUCUGUUCAGCCUCCAUCCCUUUCUUCGCCUGUGAGCUGAAGGCAGUGAAGCCCUACAGGAGAGGCGUCUUCUGCGGCGACCCCUCCAUCACCUACCCCUACAUCGAGCGGGAGGCUAUCCCUGACGGCCUGCUCAUCGCCGGGGGCAUCAUCAUCACCGGCCUCACGAUCGCGUUGGGUGAGUGCUACCGAGUGCGCUUCCGAGGCGUCCACUCGCGAGCCUUCGUGCAAAACCGCUACAUCUCCAGCCUCUACAAAGAGCUCGGCAGCUUCCUGUUUGGCUGCUGCAUCGGCCAAUCGCUCACCAACAUGGCCAAGCUGAGCAUUGGCAGACUCCGUCCCAACUUCCUGUCGGUGUGCAACGUCACCUACGCGUCCCUCAACUGCAGCCCGGGGAUGUACAUCCCGCACAUAGACUGCAAGCAGUCCAAUGAGAAGAUGGUGGAGGAGGCCAGGAAGUCUUUUUUCUCGGGCCAUGCAUCUUUUGCCAUGUACACCAUGCUCUACCUGGCGUUCUACCUGCAGGCCCGGUUCUCAUGGCGCGGGGCGCGGCUGCUUCGGCCCCUGGUGCAGUUCCUGCUGGUCAUGCUGGCCGUCUACACGGGACUGAGCCGCAUCUCCGACUACCGCCACCACCCCAGCGACGUCGUCACCGGCUUCCUGCAGGGAGCGCUCACCGCAUACUGGGUGGCUUUCUACAUCUCCUCCAUGUUCAAGAAUUGCCGUAACGACCUGACGCCCACCAGCAUGUCGCUGGAGAGCCCCCUGUCCAGCCAGCAGACAGUCUGCUAGCAGCUCCCCAUCCCAGAACUGAUCAGAAGCAGAAAAGUAGUUUCAGUGGGUUGCUAAGGUGAAGAGGAGAGAAGAAGAAGAAGAAGAAGAAGAAGAAGAAGAAGAAGGGUACCCUGAGAGGAUGGAGGCAUACCUUGAGAAAGGAUGGAGGACAGAGACUGUAUCAAAUAUCUAUGUUCAGAAUGCACAGCGUUGACUCACCCAGAAGCAGUGCCCACGUCCUUCACACUUGUUGAACGCCUACAAUAAACUUGCACACACACAGAAGGGUUCAUUCAGUGAAAUGUAAACUGUAAAUGAAAAACUGUAGAGCAAAAACCAACCCGUCCGCCCUGUGAUAAGACAUCUUUUUUUUUUGUGUGUUAUUAUUUUAUAUGAACACAGUAAUCUAUUUUCACUGAAAGAAAGCAAAAACAGAAAUUGUUUUGUGGAUGAAGCUGCUAACGAUAGACUCCUUGCCAACCGCUUGAAGCUGUUGUUGUACCAUGUUGAUUGUUUUUUACCCAGGGCCGGCUCAGUCACUGGAAGCCUCUCUUGCCCUAAAAGAAUGCGAUUCUCAAAAUCCUCAUUUCUCUCACCUGAGAGGCUGUCUACUCAGCCCCGACUUCUCUUUACCGCCGACUGUUGCGCAUGUGCAGAUAGGUCAUCACGGGCAGUGAUCAGUGAGAUCAGUACGCCUGCAGAGGUAGCCCCUGGGACUGGAGCUCGAGGCUCUGUCAACAACACAGUCGCUUGUGAUUCGUGCGAUGGGUCCUUAGGCCAGGGAGGAGGGCGGCAUUGGACUGGCCCUGAUUUACAAUCACCCCAGCUGUUUGACUGCUCUCCCUCUUCACCCACCCUCCCUUUCCAGAUUGUCACUGAAUGACCCCAGAAGUAGCCGCUGGCACUGAUACACAAACAGCACAGGUUCAGACCUGUACCUUUCUCAUUUGUUUGCUUGAUCUUGAUUUUUUUUCUUUUCUUGUGUCAGUCUUUGUUUGGACUGAAUAACGAGGAAGAGUUAGUUCAUUAGAGGACCUCAUCUGGGUCCUUUUGUUAGUCGUGUCGUUAACCACUCUUUUACUGCAUCUCUGAGGCGGAGCUGUGACUGAAUAGAGCCCUGAACAGAAGCCUGACCCUCCAUUGACAUUUAGCCUCUGACCUUUGCCCUGAGAUCAUUCGCUUUAGAGCAGAGCAGUUCAGUUCAGGGCAGACCCCUAUCUGGGACAACCUGUGUAUUACUCUCUAUAGCACUUGAACUACAUAAAGGAACAUUAUAAUUUGUAAUGUGUAUAUUAUAUAUAUAUAAAUACAUAAAAAUAUAUUUUAUCUCAAGUUUAAAAAAUAAUCAGUGUUCUCUUCCUCUGUUUGGUGUUGUCCAGUAUACAUUUAUGGUUUGUUUUCUUGGCGUAAUUGUCCUGAUUGAAUGUAAAUAUCUCCUUUUGUAAACCACCCAGAAUUUCAGAAGUAUUAGAUGUUGUUUUUCGGUGUAGUUAUGUCCAACGUGUUUGUUUUUCUGUGUUGAUCAGGUACGGAAAAGUUGCUUCUGUUCUAAUAUUACAUAGUGACUGAGCCAGAGUUGUAUCAAAAAGCUAUAUUCUUUUAUGUCUAGUUGUAUUAUGUUUGUGUUUAUCUGUGUUCUCUGUGAAAGCCAGUAAGGCUAAAAUAACCACUGUAUUGAAAAAAAAUACCAAACCAAUAAAAUGAAUGUUUCACCUUUA